CGGCGUGUUGCAUUUCACGUGAUAGAAGACGCCAAAAUAUGAGCGGUCGUAAACAAACCUUUCAUUUGUUUGACUUGUUGUGAGCACUGGUGGCGUGAUCUAAGGAUAAGGCUUUGAGGUACUCUUAUAAGCGCAUCUCGAUCCGUGUUCCCAGUCCGUUGAAUUCUGUCAGAGAGCAUCUCCGAAAAUGUUUCGCAUGUACUGGCUUUUUCUACUGCUGCAGUGCUGCAGCGUACGGCUCGCCCUUUCGGAACCUACUUGCCAGAAGUUUCAAACGGACACAGAUACAAUUUUCUUCAAUUGCGCCGGCUUCACAAGUGCGUCCCAAUUGGCCACGAAAAUUCCUCGUCCUGAACCCGAGAAACACUCCUUCUCGUUAUCCGACAGUCGCCUCGAGCGCCUACCCGUCGACGCAUUUGACGGCUUAUCCGCCUCCAACGUAACGUUGAACAACGUCCACGUCGACGACUUCGAGGCGUCGCAUCCCAACGCGUUCGAAAGACUCAAUGGCACCUUGGUUGAGCUGGUCUUCGUUAGAGGCAGUACGCUGCCGAAGUCAUGGAGCUUGCUGCAGGACGUUCUCUCGCUUACGUCACUGCGCUUCGAGAAGCAGGCUGUGUCGAUCGACCACGACUGGAGCAACCUGCCACGCAGUCUACGCGACAUAUUCAUCACGGAGUCUACAGUGACGAGCUUGGAGCAAGGCGCCCUUAAUGUACUGACGAGCAUAGAGCGCUUCGGCAUCACCGACAGUAGACUGCGUAAUUUUUCGUGGUCUGUUUUGCCGAGUCCAGCUUUUUCUCUGCACACGAUAUUGUUAAGCGAAAAUGAACUCACUGAAAUUCCAAAACGGUUCAUUGCCCAGCAGUUUCCUGCUUUAAGGAGCAUUCACCUAGAGUCCAAUGCAAUCACGACCUGGGAUGAGGAAACGCUUGAUGCUAUUCGCCAGCAUCCUAAUAGCCCAAGGCUGAUCCUGGGGGCCAUCGCAUGCGACUGUCGGGUUCGCAAGCUUCUGGAGUUUCCCAGGAACCAAAUUUCAGCUACAUGCGCUUCACCAGACGAGUGGAGACACCGCCGAAUCGGCGAGAUCCGCGUCGAAGACCUGCGUUGCUGAGAGCAGUGAAGGCGACGGGAAUAAUAAAAAAAG